AUGGCGAACUUUGUGUUUACUCCUCGACCAUUCUAUCCGUCACUGUCGUCUCAAGGCCAAGAGAUUCGCCUGUUGCACCUGCAGCCUGGCACUGGCGACGAUGCAAUCGAGUGCGAUCUUAGUGUCGCCUCCCUGGAGUCCGACCCUGCAUAUGAAGCGCUCUCCUACCAGUGGGGCAGAGCUCCGACUGAUGUGUCUGUAGAUGGGCACAAGGUCACUAUCCCACUGAGCCUUGAGCACGCGCUAAAGAGGCUGCGACUCGCCGAUCGCGAACGAAUUCUCUGGGCGGACGCGAUAUGCAUCAACCAAUCCGAUGUCGCGGAGCGCAACGCGCAGGUCGCCCUCAUGGCCGAUAUCUACCGUAAGUGCACCAUGUGUCUGAUCUGGCUCGGCUCGACGAGCCGAGAGUUUGACAACCCGGACGACCGGUUCGGGGGGGACCUGCCGCAGCUGCUCGCGGCCCUAGCGACCAAGCACCACCGUGACCAGCCCGACGCGCCGCCCAUCGGCCUCAUGCUCGGCUUCACGCGGAUUCCUCUCAUGCAGUUCAACGACGCGGGAUGGUGGAGGAGGAUCUGGGUCGUCCAGGAGGUGGUGCUCGCGCCCCGGUCCACCGUCAUCUGUGGCACCCUCGAAAUGGACUUCUCCGCCCUGACCAAGGCCGCCGAGUUCGUUGACGAGCACGACCUCGGCUCCGUCUGGACCCUCGGCACCCACGUCACCGACGACCUCUGUCACUGUAUGGAUAGCAUGAAGAACACCUUCAUUUGGGCACACCUGCUGGAGAUGAGGGACCGCGUUUUCCGGCUGCUACAGGUGGACCGUCGCCCCCCCGAGGCUGUCAUUAGCAGUAGUCCGGUUGUCUCGGAUGCGCUGGCAGAUGCAAAGCCCAAUGGCGUCAUCGACGUCAUGCUUGCUGUCAGAGAUCGGGACUGUACCGACCCGCGAGACAAGAUCUUCGGCAUCCUAUCUCUGGUCCAGGACUGGGGGAGCUGGUCCCCUAUCCAGGCCGACUAUUCGAAUGACAUGGAGAAUCUGUUCGGUAACUUCGCCAAGAGAAUGGUUCUGGGUGAAUCUGGCCCCAAGACACUGCUGCUUUCUCAAGGGAUUCGAUCCGAGCUUGGCGUCAUGGCACGCUUGCCUAGCUGGGUGCCUGACUGGUCACAGAAGGGUAGCGGAUACGAUGCUUACCUCUGGUAUCUCGAGACGCAACAGCCUCCGACUCCAGGUGGUCAGCUCGCGUCCAUUCUUGGCUCCACACUGGUCUUGGGGCGCGGCCUGUCCAGAGGAACGAUCACCGAGGUGACAACCACAGGAGUUCCGCUUCACAAGAGCUACGGCCAAGCAAUAUCGAUUGAGAACUUCAAGAGAUUCACCGGCAUGCUCAGCAGCUGGAGCGAGUUCGCCGGCAUGAAAAAUGAGAUGUCUCUCCUGGGUAUUCUGCGCCGGCACGCCCGCGAGGACGAGCAGCCAGACGAGACCGAGGCAGCAGGGGACAGCGGAAGCUACGCGCGCCUCAUGCAGGACAUGGAGCGGUGCGCAGAUGACUACGACUUUAUGCCCGACGUGCAAGAGCUCUUCGCUUUCGUCGCGCACCACCGUCGCGCCCUGCGGCGCAUGGAGCCGGACGAGGAGGUCUUCUACCGCACACUGGUCUGUGACACCUUCCCGCUGCACCUGCGGCAGCCCCAAUACCACCAAGAGGCCCUCUGCAUCCUCAGGAUGCUGGUCACCUUCUACACCUUGAUUGGGGACCCGGAUCGCUUUUUGACGCGGGUACACAGCGUGAUGCUAGACAAGAUGAGCGAGACGCUAGAGCUAGUCAACUUUACCGACAAGAGGCUAUUCAGGGCGGGAGACCAGAUGCUUGGCAUAGCGCCCAAGGACGCACAGGUAGGGGAUGAGGUCUUCUCCUUCGAGGGCGUCGAGACCGCAUUCAUUCUGAGGUCGGUGGGGACGCAAAUAGUCGAUGGGAAAGGGGAGCAGGCCUGCUACAAGCUUGUUGGACACUGCUAUGUUGAUCGACUCACAAAGGAGACGCAGUGGCAAGGAGCUAAAGAGGUAUACAUACAAUAG